GCAGAAAUAAAGUCCUGUAUUUUGCCCAGAUAGAAGAUGACGCAGUUACUGGACAAUGAGCUAUUCUUUAAACAUCUGAGAAUACAUCCAGAAUCAAAUGUUGCUUUGCCAAAAGGGCGCAGAUCAUGGCAAAAUAUUUCCAUAACAGGCUUUGAAGAGGAUAAUGGAUUAUUGGUUACUAAUAUCAACCAGACACAGGAUUUACUGAGACUUAGGAAUACUGCUGCACUGUUUGCAGGGUUAAAAGCCACCGAUAACUGGGUUAAAGUCUAUGGUCUAGAAAACAUGCACCUCACAUUGGACAAUCUGGUCAAGAAGGGCAACAUUGUGAUAAAUGCAAGUGAUGGGACAGAACAUAUUGAAUUUACCAAAGAGGCUGUUGAAGAUUUUGAAACUCAAUUACACGCAGCUAUUGAUCUGUAUGACAAGCGGAUUCAGUGGCUGUUGCAAGGCAGCAAAAAGAUGUUUGGCAUUGUUCAAGGCAGCAAAACUGGAGUGCUGGUUGACACAUCUGAUAUCAGUUGUAAACCAAGGCUGUGUGAAUUUCAAAGAGAUCUUCUGUUGCUAAUAGAUGAGCAGCUGUGUUACAUGAAGGAACUGUACCUCCUUUCCUUUGGCACGGAGGUUUCGUCUCUUUGGGAGAAGCCCCAAGCAAUCAGUGUGAAUGUCUUACAUGAAGCAAGGCAAUGGGUCCAGGGACUGAAACCCAGUGGAGGCAGCAAUUUACUGAAAGCUUUGAAGAAAGUCUUUGUUCUAAAAGAACUGGAUUCGCUUGUGAUUAUUGUUGCAAGCUGUCCAGAUCAGUCUUCAGGAAUAUUGUCCGACUAUAUCCAACAAGGCACAGCGGGGAGAGAUCUGCUGGUCCAUACCGUCACAUAUGAUUGCAGUAGUCACGUCCCUCCUGCAGUUGUAAAAAGCAUGGCAGAAGAUGUGAGAGGCAGUUACCAUUGUUAUUCAACCAAGGAGGAAGGUUGUGACAGCACUGAUAUCCACUUUGUCCUUUGUGAACGUCAAAAAGCCGAACACUUGCUCAGCAUUAUAAGUGAAAUCUACCAAGGCAGGAUGGUUGACUCGCUUUUUAAUUUAAUCAAAGAGGGUUCCAUGGAAUGGUUGGAGGUUCCUUCAGCUGUGUGCCUGCCAAAGCCCCCAAGACAUGAAAGUCCACUUGUGAUACAAAUCCCAAACCUUUUAACCAAGAGCUCGGCUGAAUGGCUGAAAACGAAUGGCCUGAAAGCCAAGAAGCUGAUCCUUUAUCAAGUUUUGGCACCAAAUGCCUUUUCCCCAGUAGAAGAAUUUGUGCCUGUGCUUCAGAAAAGAGUAUCAUCAACGUUACACGAAAAAGCAAUGAUGCAGUUUGAAUGGCAUGAUGGAACUGUUAAAAAUGUCCACGUAGACCCACCAAUACUUUAUAACUACCAGAAGCAACUUGGAAGGAUUGUGAGGCUGUAUGAGAGGCGCAUCGAUUUGCUCUCAAUUGGUAGUAGAAGAAUUUGGGGAAUGGUAGGAGAGAGGAGGGCUGUUAUACUUAUUGAUGUCUCCAAAGCAAACUCCAUGUACAUCAUUCAUGUUCAGCAUUGCCUGCGGCUCUUACUUGAGGAGCAGAUGCCAAGCAAGGAUUUCUUCAAUAUUAUAGCUUUUGGAAGUGAUGUUAAGGCAUGGCAACCCGAAAUGGUUCCUCCACAUCCAGAUAAUUUACAACAUGCUUGGAGGUGGAUAUUAGCUUUGCAAUGUGAAGGCACUAGAAAUGUGAUGGCCGCUCUGAGAAGAGCUGUGGAAGUGGACUUCCAGGAAAAAGACAAAUAUGAAUCUCAGAGCAUUUACCUGUUCACCACUGGAGUCCCUGACCAAGAAGUGCACGCAGUAUGCUCUUAUAUGACUGAAGUCUGUGGAGGCUGUGACUUGCAGCUGCAUGUCUGCCUGUUCAGUGUCAAUGGUUUUCCCUUCGAUGAAGAUAUUCCCCCGCGCUACGCAAGUCCAAAUGAAAUGGCUGCCGCUUUCAAAGAAAUUGUGCAGUCUGCCAAUGGACGCUUUCAUUGGUUUGGAGAAACAGGCAUCUUUGAAAGUGAUGAUAUCAGCCUCAUCCUGUCUGAGAUGGAAAAAGCAGUCAGCUAUUCUCAUAAGUGUGCCCUGCUAGUGGAAUCCUUGAGACAACGAGCAAGAGGCCAGUUAAAUAAUCAGUUGAUUCCUGAAGAAGAAAACCUAGCAAUAUUAGAGAAACAGAAGAAGAACAGGCCACAAAAGUGGUCACCUCCAAAACCAACAGCCCUUACCCUUGCCCGAAUGAGUUUGAGAGACCACCAUGAUGGAGACAGAAAAGGCAGCAUGAAAGCCCUCCUCUGGCGUCCACCAAGUGCCAACCCAGAAAUCCCGCCAGUACAGUCACUGAGAGAGAUUUUUCGGGCAAGGAAAAAACCCAGCUCAAAGUCAAAUAAGCGCGCAGAGGUCUCACUCUCAUUAUUUUACACAGACAAAGGAAAGAACAUAGGUGCUGUUUAUAAAAAAUAUUCAAGCCUCAAGUGCACGACGAAGCUCGUUCCCAAGGUCACUUUGCCUCAGGAAGAAGAAAUAUGCUCCACCAAGGAGUGGUUGAGCAAAUUCAGUAUAAAGAAUUUGAAGCUCGAGUUGCCCAGUCUCGUUUUUGGACCUGAGUGCAAGCAUCAAAAGCACAUGGUGGAGUCUUUGCACAAGCAAGUGUCUGCUAAGUACUGCCACAUCUUCCCCAGCGUUGAAAUGCAUGGCAUCGUCAAACACCUGCAGGUUCAGCUCAAGGAUUUGGAGGACUACAUUGAGCAGAUGGAAAAGGUGCUACGGCGUUAUGUUCGAAGAUUACAGUGGCUUCUCUCAGGAAGCCGUCGGUUGUUUGGUGUCAUUUUGGAAGCGAAUGUUUGCCUCCUGAUUGAUGCAUCAGGUUCCAUGGAGAGCUCUUUGGAAGAGGUCACCAAAGAGCUCACCUCUCUUAUCUGGGAACAGCUGAGGAAGAACAACAUGAAGUUCAAUCUGAUCAGCUUUGCAGAAGACGUUGAGGUUUGGCAAGAGUGUCUUGAGGAGGCCACAGAUGAGGCCUGCCAUGAUGCUGUGCAGUGGGUGUCAAUGCUUCAUGCUCAUGGGAAUACUUCCAUCCUAAAGGCUUUGCGGAGGGCUUUCCUUCUUCAAGAUGUUGAGGCUUUGUACCUUCUGACAGAUGGAAAACCAGAUACCAGCUGCAAUUUGGUUCUCAAAGAAAUAGAAAUGCUUAGGAAGAAGCAGGCCAUUCCAAUCCACACUAUUUCAUUUAAUUGUACAGGCAGAGGAGCCAAUAACUUCCUCAAGAAACUGGCCUUCCAGACAGGUGGGCGCUACCAUCGGUGCCAUGGAGAUGUGGAUGGACAGCUGGCAGCGCACCGCUUGCUGUCAGAAGGCUUCAAAGAUGAAGAUGAUCCAGUUUUCCCUUUGUUUGAAGGAGAUGACUUAAAGAAACUUGCUGAAGAAGUAGCGAAAGCUAGAAGCUAUCUAGCACAAGCAAGGUCCUUUAGGUUACUGUUAGAAAAAAGGAAUUUAAACCAAAAGAGCCAGUCCUUCUAAUACAGAUAGAUCGGUGAUAAAUAUUAUUGCUACCCACAGGCAAGGCUUGUAAAGAACUGGAUUACUAUCCAAAGAAGUUUACACUAGCUGACACAGUGGAUCAUUAACCUGAAAACAAGACACAGACACCAAUAUGAAUAAUCCUUCAUGAUAUUUCUUAUAUUUGGCAUAUUUUUAUAUUCAUCUUUUUCUUUUCCAACUAUUUGAAGUAUUGUUUCCAUAUGUCUUUUUGUUGUGUUGGUCUUU